UAGAACAUUCCACGAUUGGUCGGCGCCGUUUGCGCUUGCCUUUUUAAGCAGACAACGUAGCUGCACCGCGGAGUCACUUCGCUUUGCAACUUGUCUGUGCUGCCUGCCCGAGGGACCUCUGAACUGGACCGGACUAUGGUUUUCAUGUGCGCGUGCUUGUACUCGGACAGCAGGCCGGUCGUCGGGGCCAUCCGGAAACCACCACGACCACAUCGCAGGGGGCCUACGCGGAGGGAGCCGACUCGGAAUAGCGGGCUUCGUUAACUAAAGUCUCGAACCGUUUUUCGCAUUUCGACGACGCCUUUUCGCGUGUUACGAAUGAACCCCGCCAUGGCUUUUGGACCACCGAAGUUCCGCUGCCUUUUCACGUCCGACGCCCAUGCACAGCGACAUUUGCCAAUUGCGCAUUGCCGUGUGGUGCAACUUCCGUGGCUCAGUGCGUUCUUCGGCCAUCUCUGGAAAAACGCCAACUCAUCGUCAGAGCUACGGCCACAGUUGCAAUGUUUUCAUGCGCCUCCCUUUGCCAUGGGUCUUCGAAGAAACCAACUUUUUUUCGCGACACCGGCCUUUCGCUCAGCGCCCGAGUCCUGCUACUUCUUCUGUAGCGUUUUUCGCGCCCGUCCGUCACCGCAUUUUCAGGUUACGCGUACUUUUGGGCUCCUGUAUGGGCGCUUGCUCCACAUCGCUCCUGGCUCAGCUACGUUUCUGCUGGGUCUACCCCGUGGCCUUCGUUCGGCUGGAAACCGUGCGGAGGAGUUUCGCUGCCGCCUCGUGGUCUUCGGGCGGCUCGGUGAAAGCCGUGCUUCGUCGCCCCGUCUGGCCGUUGCGGAAAUGGCUGCGCCAUCCUUCUCGGCCAUGGUCCGCAUUGCUUCGCUGCUCCGCCGAGCUUCGGGCUCGGCCAAGCUUCGGGCUCGGCCAUCGCAUAUUUAUGUCCCUGGGCUCUUGCUGGCGCCGUUUCCCGCAUGCUGCCGGCUCUGCUGCCUCGUGCUGCUGCGACGGCUGGUUUCGUGCUGUCGUCAUGCCAUCUGCUAUCUGAGCUUCCUUUGCUGCCACGGACUUUUGCUGCCACAUUGCGGUCUUCAGGCGGCGCCCAACUUCUCCUUAGCAGUGGACUUCCGCUAGCAGACCUGAGAUGACGCGUGACAGAUUGAAAUAAAGGAAGUGUAUAAAAAGUU